AUGUCGUUGGAAGAAGAGCUUUUGAAUUAUAUUUUUAGUUUGCCUAACCUUGAGGAAAUCAAAGGUUCGCCUAAAAAGGUCAUUGAAGCCAUUGAUGAAUUUGUCAAGAAAAAUCCAAUGAUGAUCAUAGGUAAACACAAAGGUCAAUUAAUUUUGGAUCACAUCAAAGAGUCGGAACCAGAUUGUAUGAUUGAAUUGGGCUGCUAUGUUGGAUAUCUGGCAAUUUUGUUCGCGGGCGCAUUAUCUGAGUUAGAGAGGGAUGAUUGCUUCUCAAAGUAUUACAGUUUUGAAGUCAAUUCUGCUUUUGCCAAAAUCGCUUCUAAGUUGAUUGAUCUUGCUGGUCUUUCUCAUAUGGUUGAGAUCAUUGUGGGCCCAGCCGGAUCUACUCUCCCUGAUUUUGCCGAGCGUAUUGCCUCUGAAUACAAGAGAUAUAAGGCAAUUGAUGCUAUCUUCAUUGACCAUUGGAAAGACAUGUACGUUCCUGACCUCCGUGUUCUUGAGUCGCUUUCCCUCAUUGGGCCCGGUACGUACAUUUUUGCUGACAAUAUUUUGAAUCCUGGUGUACCUGAUUAUGUGGACUACGUGCAAGGCGACCCGGAAUUCAGAAAAGAGUACAAUGCGGCCCAUGAGAACAUCAGCAGCUCCAUUCUUCAGGGUAGAUGGAAUAUUUUGUAUGAGUCACAGACAUAUCCAGUCACAGAUCCUGAUACUGGUCGCAAGGAUGCAGUUGAAAUUACGAAGUGCGUUGAGUAUCUUUCUGGAUAA